UUUAAAUUAAUCAGAAGGAUUCUUAAUCUUCAAUGAGCCAGAGCAGUAUUCUUAAAUAUUUCAGCACCAAAAGAAAGAGCACAAGAAAAGAUAAGGAGGUAAACUCUCCAAACCAGCCUGGAAACCAGCCGGAUGGCAAAAUGAACAGUCCUGAGAACAGAACAGUAAAUUGUAGGGAAAAGAAGUCCUGACGCCGGAAGGUUUAUGCUCCUAAAUAAAUUUCUAUCUUACCAAAAAUCGUGGACAUCAACUGUUCCCUUCUAUAGUGAUUACUCUGCGCAUUGCCUCUGGGAGAAGCAGAUUCACAGACAGGUUAACUUUAUUGAUGGAAAGCACAAGGGGUUUAGGAUGAUGUUCCUUUCCCAAGACGCAACCAAAGAAUACUUAUCUCAACUUUACUCUAUGGACCCAAGUCAACAAGGAGUAGAUAUAAGUAUCCCAAAUACUACCACUAGAAGAAGAGAUUUUGGGACCAAGAGUAGACAGUUCAGAGGCAAGAAGACCAAGAUGGAAAGUGAAAUUUUUAGCGGUAAAGGAGCUGCUACCUCUGAAGGCUCUUACUCUCCACAAUCAGUUGAGAAAAAGAAGAAGAUGCAACUAUUGAUGAACACCAGAGCGUCCACUCCAUAUUUCAGACAAUUCGGCGACCCAAGAGAUAGACAGCACAUUAAGAUAUUCAGCAUCCGCAGGGGAAAGUAGAACUG